AUGGAAGAGCCACGCCAUGGACGAUAUGAGCUCUUACAGACGCAAUUAGAGGUCAUUGAGCGCAAUGGACGUGUAUUAGAAGCGAUAAUAGAAAAGAUGAUUGCAAUAAGAAUGAAACAAGAGACGUUUCUGCAUGAAUUUGCCAAGAGUAUGAAUGAUCUUGCAAUACAUGAAGAUUGUGUGUCCUUAGCAAAGUGUCUUGGGGAAUUGAGUGAAUGUGGACAAAAGAUGGAGAAUGAUUGUCAUGAUAUUAUGAUCGAAAGACCAGAGAUGGAGAUAGUACAGAUAUGGACACAGAUUCAGGAAUGGGGUAUUGGACCAAUGAAAAAAUUAGUAGAAGAUGGAGAAAAGGUGAUGAAGAUUGAAGCAAAAUUGCAGAAAGAAUACAAUGAACUAAAGCAAGGAAGUUCGGUAAAGGAGAAAGAUAAAAAGCUACGCAUGCUAUUGGAUCAAAAACGUCGCGUUGAUAAUGUCCAUGCAUUGCUUGAGACACACAUGGAAAACUUUGAUCGCUAUCGCAUUGACAAAAUGAAGAAAAUUGUCACCGAGUUAGCUCGCUCACAGGCUUUUUAUCAUGCAAAAGGACUCGAACUCUUUGCAGUGCCGUGUCAAGCAAUUGCAACGCUCGAUAUCACCGAGAUGAAAGGAACGACACAAGUUGCUUCUGCUGAUGCUAGUUAA